UCAUAGGAAUAUGGAAUGUUUAAGUAUUUUUCUUUUUAUAUUUGGAUUUAUCUCAAUCGUCGAAUCCCAGAUUCGUCAAGCUGCUGAUAAUGAACUGUACGAAGUAUUUGCAAGAUCGGGCGAUGUAUUCCUGAGUGGAGAAUUAACCCCUUCCAGUGUCCAGAGGUCUGGUGUUACUUUCCUGUUUAGUGGACAGGAUUUUGUUGCAGGGACACAGUUUGCAGUGUAUAUAGAUUUUAAUGUAAAUCAAGUUAUCAUCAGAUCGUCUUCACGAGCUGUUGGCGAUGAUUCCUUGACAUUCCAAACACCAUUGCUGAAAACUACUGAUGGAAUUAAGAUGAUCGUUCAUUUUCACAAUCUUUUUCGACGGCGAAAUGUUGCUGAUCUCUACGUAAAUUGUGUGCGUCAAGGUCAAACCAGGUCAAAAUUACCAUUUAAAGCAAUGUUGUAUGGUAAACAAAAAAUUAAGAAACAAGAUGAAUUUAACUUCUACUGGAAUGCAGACAUUCACACGAUGUUAAAGAGACAGCACUGUAAUACACAACAACCAUCGUUCACAAGACCGUCCCAAAGACCAUUUUUGCCACUUCCAAAAUCCCAACAACGUUCACCACACGUAAUAACUGUACCAGAAAAGGGAAGAAUUCCGAUUAAAGGGCAACAGAAUGUAGUUUCUAACGUAAUACCUGCCAGUGAAUUUAGGGGAGUGGAAAUCAAUGUAGUCAAAGGUCCAGAUAAACAGACAAAUGGCGGUCAUGGUUAUAAGACAGACACGGAAACUGUCAAUCAUUUUCAGGACGUCAACAAUCUGCUGACAGAGGCUUUGAAAGAAUUGACGACUUCAGUGAAGUCGCUACAAGAGGAAAUUAAAAAACAGGCAGCUGAAACGCGAUCUCUUCGGGAAAGUAUUAACAAAUGUGAUAUGUGUACUGUACUGUCAGAGCGAGCUCCAAGGGACCAGCUUACUUUAAAGAAGUUAACAUGUGCUGAUAAUCCAUGCUCUAAAGAAGUGUCCUGUAGAAACACCAAGAGAGGGUUUAAAUGCGGAAAAUGUCCUCCUGGUUUCAAAGGAAACGGUAAAAAGUGUGUACUGCGGCCUAACUGUAAACUGCAGCCUUGUUUUAAAGGUGUCACAUGCACAAAUACCAGGAAAGGCUAUAAAUGUGGAAAAUGCCCAUCUGGGAUGGAAGGCGAUGGAACAAAGAACGGGUGCAAAUUACCUGAAAUAAAAUGUGACAAAAAUCCAUGUUUUGAAAAUGUAUCUUGUACAGAUACAAAAUCAGGACAUACAUGUGGGCACUGCCCCGUCGGGUUUUCCGGGAAUGGAAGCAAAGAUGGAUGCAAAAAAAUAAUCAUUGGUUGUAAUACAAAUCCAUGCUUUGAGGGAGUUCUGUGCAAGGACACAAAGACUGGAUAUGAAUGCAGUCCUUGCCCAGAAGGAAUGAUAGGUAACGGUGAAAGGAAUGGAUGCAAGCCAUCGUGUAAUUCAGAUCCUUGUUAUGACGGGGUAGAAUGCUCUGAAACAGAGACUGGAUUUACAUGUGGUACAUGCCCGUCUGGUAAAACCGGAACUGGUUUGAAAAAUGAAUGUACCACAAUAAUUAUUACUUGCUCGUCUCUGCCAUGUUUUGAAGGAUCAGUGUGUACAAAUACAGAGGAUGGUUACCAGUGCGGCCCAUGUCCAAGUGGGAUGACUGGGAACGGGACAGUGGAUGGCUGUAUUUCACUUCCUGUUACUUGCAGUUCCAGUCCUUGUUUCCCUGAUGUAACAUGCGAGGAUAUCAUAGAUGGAUAUGUUUGUGGGAACUGCCCGCCAGGUUUCGAAGGAAAUGGUACCCACUGUUCAGACAUAGAUGAGUGUGAACUGUCCAAUCCAUGCAGCAAUAUGUCCAGUUGUGUCAACUUGGAACCAGGAUUCCGUUGUACAGAGUGCCCAUCUGGUUAUACUGGGUCCACUGUGAAAGGAGUUGGAUUAAACGACACCACAACAAAACAGAUAUGUUCAGAUUUUGACGAAUGCAGUAUCGAUAAUGGUGGAUGUGUAAACUUUUCUGUGUGUCAAAAUACUGUUGGCUCAUUUAUAUGUGGACCUUGUAUUGAUGGUUACUAUGGAAACCAGACGGAUGGCUGUAAGAAACUUGGAACAAAAUGUCCUGACCAGGAAUCUGAAUGUGAUAUCAAUGCCAGAUGUAUAAAACACCAACGUAAAGCAGGAUUCUUCUGUCAAUGUAAUAUUGGUUUCGCUGGUGAUGGAUACAUAUGUGGAGACGAUUUUGACAUUGACGGUGUUCCAGACAAACCACUUGAUUGUUCUGGCUCUAGAUGUUUACGGGACAACUGUCGUGUAAUUCCAAACAGUGGACAAGAAGAUACGGACAUGGACGGUGUAGGUGAUGCUUGUGAUGAUGAUAUAGAUAAUGACGGGAUACCAAAUUCACCAGAUAAUUGUGAAUUUGUUGUGAACCCUGACCAAGAACACAUAGGAAAUGACGAAGAUAAAUACGGCGAUGCAUGUGACAACUGUCCUUCUCUGUCUAAUCCAGAUCAGAUAGAUACUGAUCAGGACGGUUACGGUGAUGCCUGCGAUUCUGAUAUAGACAAUGAUGGUAUAAUAAACGAAGGUGAUAAUUGUGAGAAAGUGUACAAUCCUGACCAGAAUGACACCGAUAGUGAUGGCGUUGGGGAUGCUUGUGACAAUUGUCUAGAUAUACCAAAUUACCAACAGUUAGAUGACGAUAACGACGGUAUCGGAAAUGAGUGUGAUUCGAACAUUGAUCUUGACAUCGAUGGUAUACAGGAUGACCGUGAUAAUUGUCUGAAUCAAGCCAACUCAGACCAAAUUGAUACCGAUAAAGAUGGAGUAGGCGAUGCUUGCGACGAUGAUGACGACGGCGAUACCAUUCUCGAUGACAUCGAUAACUGUCCAUUAGUGUUCAAUAUCAACCAGACCGACACUAAUGGUGAUGGGUAUGGAGAUGCUUGUCAGUUUGAUAGUGACGGAGAUGGCUACCCGGAUGAUGAAGAUGUUUGUCCUCACAACGCCGGAGUUUUUGCGACUGAUUUCCGGUCGUACCGUACUGUUACACUGGAUCCAGUUGGAGAUUCACAAAUAGAUGCUAAAUGGGUUAUAUUGCAUGGCGGUGCUGAAAUUUACCAGGUUAUGAAUAGUGACCCUGGUGUAGCUAUUGGUGAGGCCACGUUUGGUGGGGUAGAUUUUAGUGCCACAUUCUUCAUAAACUCUGGAGUAGACGAUGACUAUGCAGGGUUUAUCUUCAGUUACCAGGACAGUUCUAGUUUCUACGUUGUCAUGUGGAAAAAGUCCCAGCAAACCUACUGGCAUGCUACUCCUUUCAGAGCCGUAGCACAGCCGGGAAUUCAGUUAAAAGUUGUUAAAUCUCUGACGGGACCUGGAGAAGACCUCCGAAAUGCUUUGUGGCAUACUGGUGACACGGAAAAUCAGGUACGAUUAUUAUGGCAGGAUCCAAUGAAUGUUGGAUGGAAGGAUAAGACAGCAUAUAGGAUGGAACUGAUUCACAGACCUAACCAUGGACUGAUCAGAGUUCAGUUUUUUGAAGGAACAGACCUUAUAGCAGAUUCUGGUAAUGUCAUUGAUACAACUUUACUUGGUGGAAAACUAGGUGUUUUCUGUUUUUCACAAGAAAAAGUCAUAUUUUCAAACCUGUUAUACAGAUGCAAUGACUUUGUACCAGAGGGACUAUUGGAUGAAGACUACAGUUUUAAUGGAACAGAAAUACACAGCAAAACACGAAGAUAAAUUAAGAUGCAAAAAAAAAAUUGGGCUCACCGAUAUCGUCAGGCUUGCAACCAGUUACCUUUUGCAGCUAAUGAAGACAUAUAUUCUUUCUCAGGUUCCAUGAAAAUUGAAAAUAUCUGAAAUAUCAUUAAGUUCUUUUUGUUCAAAAUUGCUAUGAUCAUAAAGCUUAAGAAUAUAAAAGUUUUAGUUGUGUAAAAUGUGGCAGUUAAGAUUAAAAAAUAUCAUUUUA